AUGGAUGUGCAACAACUAAUAGAAGAAGUUCGUAAGUUUCCUGUUAUUUACGAUCAGCGAAGUGAAAACUACAGGAAUAUCGAGUACAAAGACAGAGUUUGGGAGACAAUUGCAACGGAUCUACAAGCGAAAGCUUUCACAAACAGAAACACAGAUCACCGCGUCCGAGUCACUUCAAGGAACAACAAAGACACGGACGUUCCCUGGUCAUGUGUGACCUCUGCAGGAAUGGACCGGAGCUCGGCCGUCACUCAUCCGACGCUCAGCCCUGACAUGGCCCGGACGUGUGUGUCCCGACCUACAUGCAGACAUUUGAGGGCCUAUGGAAGAAGACAUUACAGGAGGCAGUUAUAAUUUCCUUAGAACCAACGACAAAGUGAGCAAAAUAUUUGCCAAUUUUCACACCAUGGUUGAAAGAGAGAUAGGUAAGAAGAUUUAAGUUAUCAGAUCAGAUAAUGGUACCAAAUAUGUCAAUAAACAGUUAAGCAAUAGCUGAGUGAAUUUGGAAUCUGACAUUAAACUACAAUUCACUAUAGUUCUGCUGGUAAAACUUCACAAAGGACUGUCGGGGAAAUCAAAGAUAGCAGAACCGCUGAACUGUGAAUCAAUGUUUCAUCUGAUUUGUU